ACCAACCGCUUUUCGUCCCAAACCCUAACGCCGACAUAGUGUGAGAAAAGAAAGGGGAAGAGGCCCAAACCCUCCCAAACCCCGUACUCCCCCACCAUGGCCUCCCUCCUCCUCCGCCGCCGCCACGCGCUUCCACGCCCACAUCCACGCGCGGCCGCCGCCCGCCUCCUCCGCGCCUUCUCCGCGCUUCCCGACGUCGACCCCUCGGCGACUCCCACACCAAACCCCGCCGCGCCGGCCUCCUCCACCCGCGCCUCCGUGCUCGACCUCCAGCUCGCCGUCCGCGCCGAGACCGACCCGGUCCGCAUCCACUCCCUCGUCGCUUCCGCGCUCUCCAGCCACGACCAGUACCCGCGCCUCCACACCUCGCGCCCGCUCUUCUCCCUCGCCGCCUCCCGCCUCGCGCGCCUCCGCCGCCCGGACCUCGCCGCCUCGCUCCUCGACCUCCUCCUCGCCUCUGCCGCGCCCUCCCCGGGCCUCCUCGCGCGCGCGCUCUCCCUCUUCCCGGGUCCCGACGACGCGCUCCGCGCCUUCUCCUCCUCCGCGCCCUCCGCCCGCUCCGACGUCUCCCUCUCCGCCCUCCUGUCCGCGCUCCACCGCGCCGGCCGCCUCGACGAUCUCAAAUCCACCUUCGCCUCCGCGGAGCCCUCGCUCGGCGUCGCGCCUGGCCGCGCCUCCCACAAUGUGCUCCUCCACGCGCUGGUCAAGAACUCCGAGGUCACUGCCGCCCGCCAGAUGCUCGACGCAAUGGCCAACAAGAAGUUGAAGCACCGACCUGCCCCAGACAUCAUAUCCUACAACACCGUCCUCGCCGGGUACACAGCGCAGAAUGACGAGGAGGGGUUUGAGAAGCUUCUGAAGGAGAUCAGUGCGAGCAAGCUGGAACCAAAUGUUGUCACUUACAACUGCCGGAUACAGUGGUUUGCCAAGAAAGGCAGGACCUUCAAGGGGGAGGAGCUGCUUGAUGUGAUGGAGUCAAAGGAGGUGGAGCCGAAUUACCUUACCUACAAUGCUCUCGUGCAAGGUUACUGCAAGGAGGGGAAUGUCGGGGCAGCGAUGCGGGUGUUCAAGAGGAUGAAGGUGAUGAAGAGGCGGGAGGGGAGGAGCGACUUGGGUGUGUCAGCGCAUUCACAGACGUAUGUGGUGCUGUUUAGGAGCUUGGUGGAGAAAGAGAAGCUUGAUGACGCGCUUUGGAUUUGUAAGAGCUGCUUUGCAAUGAAGGCAGCACCACCUUUUGAGGCCGUUAAGGGUUUGGUUGAGGGAUUGGUGAAGGGGGGGAGGUCUACAGAGGCGAAGGAUGUUGUUGCUAAGAUGAACUAUCGUGUUAAAGGUGAUGCUAAACUUGCUUGGGAGAAGAUUGUUGGUGAAUUAUCUCUUGAAGAGGGAGCACCAAGUUCGAAUCCAUGAUUUGCUAGAGGCAUAUGUGUUACUUCUGAUUGAUUCAUGUGUUUUGGACUUUGAUAAUGACGAAGAUUGAAGAAGAUAGGCUUUUACAUGGGAUCUAGUGUUUUCGUCAUGUUGUCAUUGGGCUGUUUGUUUUUUCAAAGUCCAUGGAUAUAUCAUAAUGUAAUGGAUGUCUCUCUGAAGCAGAAUGGUAAGAAAUGCCAUUCCAUAAACCCUUCACUGUAAGAGCUUGCUCUACUUUUCUGUCUUUUAAUAAUAUUAAAAUGAUGCUAAAGUUAAGUAUUUGUUGAA